AUGGGGGAGGUCGACAAUGAGUCGACUAGAGCUCAUGAGCUGACAAAGAAAACCGACGGCGACCGAGAAGACUCUCUGACACACACGACGGCAACCACAUUUCCAUCUAGAAAAAGCGACGGGAAGUCAGCACUCAGCAGCCCAAGAACGGGGAUCAAUCCCUCAGAAAGGGUGAAGAGAACGAGAAUCAAGGCUACUCGUAGCGGCCCCAACUACCCGGAAGAACAGAAAGCGAAGCAAGAACGCGAGACUCCCACUCUCCUCGCGUCGCACCGCACCACCUUUCCGCCGAGCAAGGCAAGAAUCCUCGCCCGGCGAUCCCCAGCCGGAUUCCCGAUGGCCGCAGCCGUCUCCUCGCUGGCGAGGCGGGCCGGCGGGAUGCCGGGGUCAGUUAAUCUUAGAGAAUGUAAAGUACUCGAGAGGAUGGUCAAGAUGCAUGCGGAGAAGGGGGGACUCUACGGCGCCAUUUGCGCUGCGCCGGCAGUGACGUUGGCCCAUUGGGGCAUGCUCAAAGGUUUAAAGGCGACUUGCUACCCGUCAUUCAUGGAGAAGUUCACUGCUGAAGUGAUCCCUGUGAACUCCAGGGUGGUGGUGGAUAGAAAUGUGGUGACCAGCCAGGGUCCGGGAACAGCAAUUGAAUUUGCUCUUGCUCUGGUGGAGCAGCUAUAUGACAAAGAGAAGAUGGAGGAGGUUGCUGGACCUUUGUAUGUCCACCCUCAACAUGGCGCUGACUAUACCAUCGAAGAGCUUAAUUCAGUUGAAUGGAAAUGCAGUGGUACACCUCAGGUUCUUGUGCCAGUUGCUAAUGGUUCAGAGGAAAUUGAAGCUCUUAAUUUAAUAGACGUCUUGCGUAGAGCAGGCGCAAAUGUUACAGUUGCGUCAGUUGAGGAUACCCUGCAAAUCGUGACCCGGCGUCACAAGUUUAAUCUGAUAGCUGACAUGAUGUUGGACGAAGCUGCUAAAAUGGAAUUUGAUCUGAUUGUCAUGCCGGGCGGUCUGUCGGGUGCUCAAAAGUUUGCUAGUACAGACAAACUUGUUGAUUUACUAAAGAAGCAGGCAGGAUCUGGUAAAGCCUAUGGUGCAAUAUGUGCUUCCCCAGCUCAUGUCCUCGAGCCCCACGGUUUACUGAAGGGGAAGAAGGCGACGGCGUUUCCACCCAUGGCGCACUUGCUUACUGAUCGGAGCCUAUGUGAGAACAGGGUUGUGAUUGACGGUAAUCUUAUCACUAGCAGAGCCCCAGGGACUGCGACGGAGUUCGCCCUGGCCAUUGUUGAGAAGCUAUUUGGUCGAGAGAAAGCGGUGCCAGUUCCCAAGAACAAACCUCCAGUAAAGAACUCGUCAGAGAUGGUUGUUGUUCUGAUGCGCUGGUACCCUCGGUCCUUAGCACGACGACUUCCCGGCUGCCUACUACAACAAGAAAUCCUGGUGGCACCAUCUGGAGCGCCAGGACAAGAAAAUUUCUACCCUAACAAAGAGCCAGGUCGCCAAAAAACAACAACGAAUCAGACGUAUACACAUAACAAGCUCUCCAUCCUUGAAAAACAACAGGUGUUCUUCUUCUUCCUCCAAGCUCCACAGCAUCCCUAG